AUGCCAUUAUGGGCGUCAAUAGGCGCUUAUCGACAGAUAUCACCCCGCAGCGUGAGACGGCUCCCACGCGACUGGGUGAUAUGUAGCCUAGCCGCCCCGCUACUCUCAUGGACACCAUUCCCCUCGUCCGUCACCGCGCGUCCAAGUCCUCGUCAAGUGCACUCAUCCAGCCCCUGGAAUAUCGACUGGUGGCCGGCUGGGACUGGGCUUCCGUCUUCCUCCUCGCAAAUGGCGUCGUUUCGCUGCUCAUUGGCGGCACUCUUUGCAGUGCUCAUGUCCGGCAUCAUCCCGCUCUCCACCCACUUGGCAGACCUCUGGCACGCGCACGGCGAGCUCACCAACAUUGCCAUCACCGCUGCCGCCGCACUCGUGACCGCACAUCUCAAGUACACCCUCAGCAGCGCCGGCACACACCAGACCGCCGCAAUGCUCCAGCGCGGGUUCACGCUCAAUUCCUGGGCCGGCAUGCAGACCUUUGCCCGCCGCGAGGUCGACGUCCCGGUAAUCACCGGCGGUGCCGGGAUCCGGGCCGCUGUCCUCGCCGGAUUGCAGGUCCCUGUGUUUUGGAGCAUCGCGCAGCAUUCGACGCUGUUGGUGGCGAUCUUACAGCCAGAACCUUUCACUGUGGCAAAGCCGCUUGCCGCAAUUGACGAUGUUAUACCAUGUGGUGUGCAGCGCUCCCAGCUAUCGUUCAACCUCUCCGGGAUACCCGCAGAUGUGCAGAAUAAGCUGUAUGCCGCAUCGGCCGCGGCCGGGAUGCAGCUCGAUGGGUUCUACGACCAAGUUGCGGCGAACACCACGACGGUCGGGGUGGGGCACGUCUUUGUUAAGGAUAAUGAUGGGUAUGGCACGCUAGGUGGGCUGGUGAACGGUCUGCAGGAGGUGCCAGGCGUGUGGUUUACGACAAGGUGCGGCGCAGAGGCAGUUGCGAGCAGCCUAUGGGAGAAUGCGGGACUUGAGCUGCCACGGUUUACGAGACAGACGCUGAACACCUCAUUAACGAGCAACGUUACGCAGCAAAUUGUCAGCAGCGUCCCGCUCAACAUACCGUUCGGGCUUCCGGAUGCGAAUGUGGCGCUAUUCGGCGUCGUACGAGCAACGGGCAGUGGAGCGCUGAUGACGGUCAACGGCACAGGAAACAUCACAGGCUGCACCUGGACAUCGAAUCCGGGCCUGAUCAAGCUCCGGAUCACUAACGGCACUGCCGCGGCGUAUGACGUAGAUCUCCCCGACGGAACAAUUUACCCAUCGGCCAUCGGUCUCGCAGUAGCUGCCACCAUCGAGGGGAUGGCGCAAGCGGCGGCACUCGGCACAACACUCUUCCCCCGCAGCCUUGGCGUCGGCCCGACUCUCCUCGCGCCCGCGCCUAAUGUCCCCCAAAUGCUCGCCACGCUUCUCGGCGACGGCGCAAAAGUCGGCCUGACGGGCUACAUCAACUACGUCCAGGCACAAGCACGCCGGGGGUCGCCCCCAACCGGGGUCGCCACGUGCCGCGCAAACAGCCGGGCCACAACGGUCCGCUGGCGCUUCCGCAACCUGAGUGCGGUGUGUCUUGGCGCAGUGGCGCUUAACCUCGGGUGCGGUGCCCUCGCCAUGUGGACUGUCCUUGUAGGCGUGUGGACGCGGCGGGCAAGGGUGCGGGACGUGGAUGCGCUGCAGGUCGUGGACGCAUUCCGGAUGGGGCUCGCUGCAGAGCAUGGUGUACGUAGUGCGAGCGGGAGUGCCAUGUCUGGGCGUAGGAAUUGGGUGCGCGAGGUGCGCCAGCGUCAGGUCAUUAUGCUCCGAAAUGGCCAGGUUGUUGUCAAGUAUUGA